AUGGAUGUUGCAACAUUUGGGGCAACUUGUUCCCCUUGUAUCGCCCAAUUCAUCAAGAAUAAGAAUGCUGAACAGUAUGCUGAGACGUUGCCGGAGGCGGCCGAAGCCAUAAUAAAUGGACACUAUGUGGAUGAUUAUCUGGAAAGCCUCGAUACCCCAGAGGAAGCUGUCGAAAGGAUGAAACAAGUUCAAUACAUACAUCGCAUGGGCGGUUUUGAACUACGCAAUUUUUUAUCAAAUUCAGAAGAGGUGUUGGAAGAGCUAGGAGUUACGAAUCAACUGAUAGACAAGUCUUUGUUACUAGAUCCAGGAAAAGAUAGAGAGGAAGUAGCAGAAAGAGUGUUAGGCAUGAUUUGGAAACCAAAGACGGAUACGUUUACUUUCGGAACUGCGGUGCCACCAGGAAUCGAACCAUUGAUUACUGGAGGAACAAUACCGACCAAAAGGCAAGUGCUUCGUACGAUCAUGAGCCUGUAUGACCCGCUAGGUUUGGUGGCACACUUCAUCGUCCACGGAAAAAUAAUGAUGCAGGAGAUUUGGAAGUACGGAGCCUCUUGGGACGAACCGAUUCCUGACGAGCUUCAGGCUAGCUGGAUACAGUGGACAGGGCUCCUGAGAAAACUGAAUGAAGUAAGCGUUCCGAGGUGCUUCUUUCCGGGGAUGAAAUUCCUUUCAUCAACUGAACUUCAACUGCACGUACUAGUAGAUGCCAGUGAAGCGGCCUUUGCAAGUGUUGCCUACCUUCGAAUUGUGGAUAACGACACCCCUCGUUGUGCUCUUGUUGCAGCCAAGACAAAAGUAGCCCCACUUAAACCACUUUCCAUGCCGCGAUCUGAAUUACAAGCUGCGAUGAUCGGCGCCACACUUAUGUCUAAUGUUGUAAAAAUGGUAAAGCUACCAGUAACGAAGCGUUUCCUUUGGACAGAUUCUUUGACAGUUUUGUCUUGGUUGCGAACAGAUAGUCGGCGUUACCAUUCUUAUGUUUCGUAUCGAGUUGGAGAAAUUCUCACAAAAACAACCGUUAGCGAAUGGCGAUUUGUUCCUUCGAAGUUGAACGUAGCUGAUGAUGCAACCAAGUGGGGAAAUGGACCUAGUUUUUCUCCCGAAUGCCGAUGGUUCACUGGCCCAGAUUUUCUUCAUCAAUCCGAAGAAAUGUGGCCAAAAGAUAGAAGUUGUUCUCCGCCUCGAGACGAAUUAAAAACUGUGUUCCUUAAUCAUCAUGGACAUUUGAGAAUACCGCUUGUUGUCUUCGCAAACUUUUCUCGAUGGGAUCGCUUAUUGCGGUCAAUGGCCUAUGUAGUAAGAGCAGGAAAAAAAUUUAAAAAAAUUCCUGCAUCUGGACCCAUUACCGCAGCAGAGUUUCAGGCUGCAGAAACGUUCCUAUGGAAAGAAGUACAAGCAGAGGUAUUUGCAGAAGAGUAUGCAAUCCUGGAAAACAAUAAGAAGAAAAAUGAGCAACUGCCAAUACCGAAAUCUAGUCAACUUUACAAGCUAUCCCCGUACAUCGAUGAAGACGGCGUGAUUCGAAUGAACAGCAGGAUUGGGGCAGCCAACUUCGCCCCUUUCGAAGCUAAGUAUCCCAUUAUUCUUCCUAAAAACCACCACCUCACUUACCUCCUCGUCAACAGCUACCACCGGUGCUACCUGCAUUGCAAUAACGAAACAGUGUGCAAUGAAAUCCACCAACGUUUCCGCAUACCCAAUUUACGCGUGGUAGUUAGACAUGUAGCCAAUAAUUGUCCGUUGUGUCGAAUUCGCAGAGCUAAACCAAAACCACCGAUGAUGGCCCCUCUUCCGACUGGUCGUCUGGCUCCUUAUACCAAGCCUUUCACUCAUACGGGAAUCGACUAUUUUGGCCCGAUACUAGUGAAGCAAAACCGUAGCCUGGUGAAACGCUGGGGUGCACUCUUCACCUGUCUAACGAUAAGAGCAGUCCACAUCGAAAUUUGGAAUUUCAAUCCUCCUGUCGCGCCCCAUAUGGGAGGCGCCUGGGAGCGUAUGGUCCGUUCAAUUAAGGUGGCUAUGAAUGCGAUUGGUAAACAUCCUAGGAAUCCCUGUGAUGAAGUGCUGGAAACCGUUGCGCUAGAGGCUGAAGCUAUAGUGAACUCUCGACCACUGACCUAUGUACCUCUUGGAAACACAGAUGCCGAAGCACUUACGCCUAACCAUUUCCUGCUAUACGGAGAAAAAUGUAUAACGCAACCAAUUCGUCCAGUGAAACUCGAUGGAGCAGCUUUACGCGAUAGUUGGCGCUUGUCACAAACUUUGGUCGAUAUGUUUUGGCUCAGAUGGAUUCGAGAGUAUUUACCAGUGAUUGCUCGUCGCACGAAAUGGUUCGACCCAAUCAAACCUUUAGAAGCCGGGGAUGUCGUCCUUAUUGUCAACGAAAAAAGACGAAAUGGUUGGGAACGCGGAUUGAUAGUAGAAGUCGUUAAAGGAGCAGAUGGGCAAGUACGGCAGGCAUACGUGCAAAGCGGAAAUGGAAUUAUCCGUCGACCAGCAACGGUACUAGCUCUGCUGGAUGUUAGUAGUUCAACAGAAGGAAGUUCUUGA